CAGGGUAAUCCAGUGGGACAGAGUGGCUUAGGCAUGGCCUACCUAUAUGGAAGAGGUGUACCGGUGAACUAUGAGCUGGCCCUGAAGUACUUCCAGAAGGCAGCAGAGCAGGGCUGGGUGGACGGACAGCUGCAGCUGGGCACCAUGUAUUACAAUGGCAUUGGUGUGAAGCGUGACUACAAGCAGGCGCUUAAAUUCUUCAACCUGGCCUCCCAGGCGGGUCACAUCCUGGCCUUCUACAACCUGGCCCAGAUGCACGCCACCGGUACCGGAGUGAUGCGCUCCUGCCACACAGCUGUGGAGCUCUUCAAGAACGUGUGUGAGCGCGGCCGCUGGUCGGAGCGUCUCAUGUCGGCCUACGGCAGCUUUAAGGAGGGGGAGCCGGACGCCGCGCUGGUGCAGUACCUGCUGCUGGCUGAGCAGGGCUACGAGGUCGCCCAGAGCAACGUGGCCUUCAUCCUGGACCAGAAAGGUGUGAGGAUCUUCACUGAGAAUGAGACCUACCCUCGUGCUUUGCUGCACUGGACCAGAGCUGCUGCACAAGGUUACACUGUGGCGAGGAUAAAACUAGGAGACUACCAUUUCUACGGCUACGGGACGGACGUGGACUAUGAGACGGCGGUCAUCCACUACAGGCUGGCCUCAGAGCAGCAGCACAGCGCCCAGGCCAUGUUUAACCUGGGGUACAUGCAUGAGAAGGGGCUGGGCAUCAAACAGGACAUCCAUUUAGCCAAGCGUUUCUACGACAUGGCGGCUGAAGCCAGUCCUGAUGCUCAGGUCCCGGUGUUCAUGGCUCUGUGCAAGCUGGGCCUGGUUUACACUCUGCAGUACCUGCAGGAUCUUAAUGUGAGUGAUCUUAAUUUAAAGGAGCUGAUCACUGAGGUGGACCUGGACCAGCUGCUGGGCCCCGAGUGGGACCUCUACCUCAUGACGGUCAUCGCCCUGCUGUUGGGCACGGUCAUCGCCUACAGGCAGCGCCAGCACCAAAUCAUAGUUCCCCCUCGUCCCCCUGCCCCCGCCCCUGCGCCCCCGCCACCUCCCAGACCCCCUCAAGAGCCAUCGCAACCCCAGGCCGAGCCCCAGGACCAGGGGGACGCCCCGGGCCCGGCCCAGGCGGAGGAGGAGGAGGAGGAGGAGGAGCAGCAGUGAGAGGAGGCCAGCCGGAGCGAGGGCAGUGAGAGACUCUCCGUGGAGCAGAUGGCGCUCACUAGCUGAAUACCUGCUAGCCUCAGCGCCUCUCUUCGCUCCACAGCUGACAGAUAGUGACUGCUGAGCUCUGCAGUCCCACAUCUCCCUCUCUCCUUUUGAAAUGAGCUGGUCCUGUGCUGAAGAGAGACAGCGGGGGUGUUUCUGGACAGAACAGAGUGCUGGGGGAGGAUAACACAGACUUGGGACUUGCUAGUCUGUGACUCAGGACACUGCCAGAAGAAGCACCUGUGCUCCCACCAUGACAAACAGCUCUUUGGUUGCCAGAUCAAAGGAUGUUUGGACUAAUCAAAAUAGUUGGAAUCUAAAAUGUGCGUUAGUUUCUUCUCACUUUCCCAUUUUUUUUUUUUUUUUUGGAGGAAAUCACACUCAGCGGAACUGCCUCAAUCCUAAUUUAGAAAAAAAAUAUCAGGCAGGAAAAUGUAAAUUCAGAUCAUUUUUAUUUGCUAGUUGGUAAAGAACGUUUUUGCAUGUGUCGUCUGAACAUUUUGACUUUAAUUUUAGCCACAGUGAACCAAUUUGCAUCGCAAUAAUGGGUUAUUUGUUUAGUUGAUAUGUCGGGUCAUUACCUUUUCACACCUGCAAUAAGAAGAAAGGAAAAUGAAUUUAACAUAAUGUGCUCCAAUGUUUUAAAGCCAUGAUUAUCAUUAGAAUGAGAGCGAGUAACCUCUAAAGCAGUGUACUUUAAUGGAUAGGAUAUCUGUGCAGGAUAGAUGAUUUAAUGUUGAGCUCACGGGUUGAAGUGUGUUACAAAAUAGCAGAUACAAAGAAGGAGAAGCUGCUUAAUCCUCAUCCCAGAAACAGAUCAAAAUGAAUGAGUCUUUUUGGGGAGUGAAAUCGUAGAACAUAGGCUUUUAAAAUAUUUGAAAGAAUAAAAAAACGAAUUAAAUAUGAUCUACACAGUGAAAUGAAGCAGAGAACAGUUUUUUUUACUAUUUUAUUUCAUCAACAGGCUUUAUUUUCAUUCUAGUUGUCGUCAUAUCAAUGAUUUCUCUCAACCCAUUUCCGCCUUCUUUUUAGUUUAUUAAGAAUUAACUAGCAGAAAUUGGAGCAGCCUUAAAGAAAGCAGCGCCUCAAACUCUGAAUUGUUUGUGGAUACUUGUUUUUCUUUGUGUUUGGUUACAUAACUUGUGAGAAUAUUCCACCCCCUCACCAAAAGUCCAAGUUGGAUUUCUGCCAACACCUUUCAGCUCAGAUGGACUCUGAGAGAUGAAGCCAUGGUUUAGGCCGUAUUUAUCCAAACAACAUGAGGGACAUCUGAUUUUGCCACAUGCAUUUUUCAUUCUGUUUAGUCCAUUUGUUCAGCUCCACAGUACGUGCUUGUUGUUGGUUAUUGAGAGGUGAUCCGCCAAUAUGUCUGCAUGAAGUAAAAAAGGGACGAGGAUGAGAAAUGAUUCCAAACAUACAUACCACACACAGUUCUCAAUUUGUCUAAAAAAAGAAACACUCGGUCACGAUUGUCGACAAGACUGCAUUUUUACCAUCACAAAUACAAGUUUAUAAAGAAAUUAAUAAAUGAUAUAUGGAUAUUUAA